AUUACGCCAUCUUCUUAACGGCGCAUGUGGUGGUGGUGUGCAGCAAAUGGUUACUGCGUCUGGCUGUCAGAGCUCUGCUUGCACGUUUGCGCGCCCCCGCUUGUCCUCAUUCAGUCGCGCGUCCCCGCAGCAGCCUUCAUUCGGUGCGCAUCGCGGACAGACACGCUCAUCUCUGCACUUGUCUCAUUACAUUACAUAAUACCGACAAGCGAACAUGCGUGAGUGCAUCUCCAUCCACGUCGGUCAGGCUGGUGUCCAGAUCGGGAACGCCUGUUGGGAGCUUUACUGCCUGGAACAUGGAAUCCAGCCCGAUGGACAGAUGCCCAGUGACAAAGCCAUAGGAGGUGGAGAUGAUUCCUUCAACACCUUCUUCAGUGAGACUGGAGCUGGGAAACACGUUCCUAGGGCGGUUUUCGUUGACCUGGAGCCUACUGUCAUUGACGAGGUUCGCACUGGAACCUACCGCCAACUGUUCCACCCCGAGCAGCUGAUCACGGGUAAGGAAGAUGCUGCCAAUAACUACGCUCGUGGACACUACACUAUUGGCAAAGAGAUCAUUGACCUGGUUCUGGACAGGAUUCGCAAACUGGCUGACCAGUGCACUGGUCUUCAGGGCUUCCUGGUCUUCCACAGCUUUGGUGGAGGUACCGGCUCUGGUUUCACCUCCCUGCUGAUGGAGCGUCUGUCUGUGGACUACGGCAAGAAGUCCAAGCUGGAGUUCUCCAUCUACCCAGCUCCUCAGGUGUCCACUGCUGUGGUGGAGCCCUACAACUCCAUCCUGACCACCCACACCACCUUGGAGCACUCUGACUGUGCCUUCAUGGUGGACAAUGAGGCCAUCUACGACAUCUGCCGUAGAAACCUAGACAUCGAGCGUCCCACCUACACCAACCUGAACAGGUUGAUCAGUCAGAUUGUGUCCUCCAUCACUGCGUCUCUCCGCUUUGAUGGUGCCCUGAAUGUUGAUCUGACAGAGUUCCAGACCAACCUGGUGCCGUAUCCCCGUAUCCACUUCCCUCUGGCUACCUAUGCUCCUGUCAUCUCAGCUGAGAAGGCUUACCACGAGCAGCUCUCAGUUGCUGAGAUCACCAACGCCUGCUUUGAGCCAGCCAAUCAGAUGGUCAAAUGUGACCCCCGCCACGGCAAGUACAUGGCCUGCUGCCUCCUGUACCGUGGUGAUGUGGUGCCCAAAGAUGUCAAUGCUGCCAUCGCCACCAUCAAAACCAAACGCAGCAUCCAGUUUGUGGACUGGUGUCCCACUGGUUUCAAGGUUGGCAUCAACUACCAGCCUCCCACUGUGGUUCCUGGUGGAGAUCUGGCCAAGGUCCAGAGGGCUGUUUGCAUGCUGAGCAACACCACUGCUAUUGCAGAGGCCUGGGCUCGGCUGGACCACAAGUUUGAUCUGAUGUACGCUAAGCGUGCUUUUGUUCACUGGUAUGUUGGUGAGGGGAUGGAGGAGGGAGAGUUCUCUGAGGCCAGGGAGGACAUGGCAGCUCUAGAGAAGGAUUACGAGGAGGUUGGAGUCGACUCCAUUGAGGGUGAGGGAGAGGAGGAGGGAGAGGAGUGUUAAGAGGUCGAAGCAUGAGUUAAUCACGUAAAAUCGGUUUUUAAGUAAACCCCAAACUGAAAUACAGUCCUUGUUGUCUCCAGUUGGAUCUGAAAUAAACUAAGAAUGCUUAAA